AUGUCUUCUGUCGCUGUUGCAGAGACCCCGGACAAAGCACACGAUGACUCGUCUAAAUUGAAGACGUUCCUUUCCAUCCUUCGAAAGUUUGUUGGAGUAGCAGAUAUUGCGUCCGUUCGUUUCUCGUUACCUGCACAUCUGUUGGAGCCCACACCGAAUUUGGAAUAUUGGAACUACCUGGACAGGCCGGAAACAUUUGCAAGUAUUGGAAAGUCGGAUGAACCUUUGGGCCGGAUACUUGAGGUUCUAAGGUUCUGGUUCACAAAAGAUCUGAAAUAUAUCAAAGGCAAGCCUUGUAAACCAUACAACUCUACACUAGGCGAAUUUUUCAGGUGUAGCUGGGACGUCAAAGACAACACGCCUGAUGUACCUCUGCCUGCAACCGCAGGCGUGCAGACUAAGACUUGCACCGGUGAUGGUGAAAACAGCGGUCCUGUCAAAAUAUGCUACCUGACUGAGCAGACAUCUCACCACCCACCCGUAUCUGCUUUCUUCAUUGAGUGUCCGGAACUGGGGAUCUCAGCCCGUGGGUUCGAUCAGCUGAGUGCCAAAUUUACGGGAACGAGUAUUCGAGUGAGCCCUGGCCAACACAACCUGGGAAUUUUCAUUAACCUGGAGAAACGAGACAACGAAGAGUAUCAGUUGACCCAUCCAUGCGCUCACCUGGGUGGGUUAUUGAGGGGUGCUUUGGCAAUCUCCGUUUCAGAUACAUGUUACAUCACUUGCUCCAAAACGCGUAUCAAGGUCAUUCUACAGUAUCUAGAGGACGGCUGGCUUGGUCGGGCUCAAAACAAGGUUGAAGGAGUGAUCUUCCGAUAUGACCCAGAUCAGGACACUACUACCAAAAUAAAAGAUGUGCCUGAGAGCGAUAUACUUGCCAAAAUCAGCGGUUCAUGGCACGGUCAGAUCUAUUUCACCAUGACUGGGACAACUGAGCCUCGCCUCUUAAUUGAUGUCGCGCCUCUGUUUCCGACCCCGAAGGACUUGCCUCCCGAAGCUGAGCAGCUUUCAAAUGAAUCGCUCAAAUUCUGGGCUGGGGUCACAAAUGCCAUCAAGGACAAAAGGUACGGAGAAGCGACGAAGCUCAAGCAAGAGAUUGAAGAGCGGCAACGGGAAAAGGCAGCGGAGCGCCAACAGAAGAACGAAUUGUGGCAACCGCGGUUCUUUACCGGAAGUGUUACGCCGCUAGGAAAACCAGAAUUGACUGAAGAGGGAUACAGAGCCCUGCAGGGACUCCGUCGUGGCGACUACAAGCUAGAGGAGAGCCAAAGGAAGGGCGCAUAG